AAAAUGAAAGUGGCGAUAUGGAAGUUCUUGAUAACAACAACACUGGUACUGAAGACAGCAACGAUGGUAGUGGUAAGAAAAAACGUGGCAGAAAACCAAAAAAUCCUAGCUCAGAAAACGAUAAUAAAUCAGACGAAUCUAUUAAUGCCGACGUAAAUAUUAACGACUCUGAAAACUUGAUUUCAAAAGAACAAAUUACAAUCUCUACGAUUAACACCACUACUACAGCAACAACAAAUGUUAGAGGAAGAAAGAAGAAGAUAGUGGAUGAUAGUAAUGACGGUGAUAAAUCCGAUGAAAUUAAUAAAGAUGCCACAAAACCAGUUGUCAAAGAAGCAGAAGAACAAGACAAAUCAUCUGAUACAACCAUUACCAAAGUCAAGUCUACUAAGGGAAGAAAGAAAAAGGUAAUUGACGACGAUAAAGUUGGUAAAUCCGAUGAAAAUAAUAAAGAUACCACAAAACUAGUCGAUAAAGAAGUGGAAGUACAAGAUAAAUCGUCUGAUGCAACAACUAUUACUAAAGCUAAACCUACUAGAGGAAGAAAGAAAAAGGUGGUUGACGGUGAUAAUGACGGCGAUAAAUCCGAUGAAAACAAUAAAGAUAGCACAAAACUAGUUGAUAAAGAGGUGGAAGUACAAGAUAAAUCAUCUGAUGCAACAACUAUUACUAAAGCUAAACCUACUAGAGGAAGAAAGAAAAAGACAUCUGAUGAAAUUAAUAAAAAUGUAGAAAUAGAAUUAUCAUCAUCGACUACCAAUAAUAUCACUACUGUGCCUACCAGGGGAAGAAAGAAAAAAUUAACUUAUGAUGGUGAUGAAUCUGAUAUACCUGAUGAAUCGAAUACAAAAAAUGCGACAAUUGACGAGACAGGAACAAAUAUUCAAAAAAAACCAAUCGAUGCUACCACUUCUAGUCCUAACACUAAAUCUGCUAAAGGAGAAAAGAAGACAAUUAAUGAUGAUAUUGGUAAAGCCGAUGAAAACAAUAAAGAUAACUUUAAAAUUUUUGAAGUAGAAGUUGAAAUGGAAUCUUCCGCUAAGACUACCGAAAAAGUUAAAUCUACGAAGGGAAGAAAGAAGAAAGUAGUUAAUAACGAUGGCGAUAAAUCUGUUGAUGUCAAUAAUACAAACGAAUCGAAAGUUCCUGGUUCAGAAAUAGAAACACAAAAUGAAUCAUCAGAUACUGCAAAUGUUGCUAUUAAAACCAAAGCCACUAGGGGAAGAAAGAAAAAAGUAGUUGAUGAAGGUGACAAGGCAGAUAAAAUUGAUAUUAAUGAAUUGAACGGAGCUAAUACAGAAGUAAAAGCACAAAACAAGCCAUCAGAUAUUGAUUCUGUCGCUAGCAUCAAUACUUCAACUAAAGUUAAAUCAACUAGGGGAAGAAAAAAGAAAGUUGUAGAUGAUAUUGGUGAUAACAAUGACAGUGAUAAGGCUGUUCAAGUAAAUACAAGCGAAUCUAACGCAGCUACUGACGUAAACAUGGAAGUACAAAUUGAAUCAUCGAAUGCAACUACUAAUAACAAUAAUACUGACGAUACUGUUAAAACCACCAAAAGAAAAGGAUCUAGUGAUGAUGAUGAAGAGAAAUCUCAAGAAUCCGUAGCUACUAAAUCCAAAAGAGGAAGGAAAAAGGCCAAAGUUGAUACUGAUGAGCCUAAAGAUGAAUCUAGUAAGUCCGACCUAAAUAUAGAAGCAAAUCCUCAAAAAGAGAAUAACAAUAAUAAAACUGCUAGUAGUGGUAACACCGUCACAUCUUCUAAUAAAGGAAGAAAAAGAAAAUUAGCUGAUGUUGAUGAGGAGAAAGAGAAGAAGACAAGUGAACCAAGCAACCGACGUGGCAGAAAGAUUACAGAGAAACAAAUUACAGUAUUAGAAUCAUCUGAUGUUACAUCGAUCACUACUAAUUAA